ACAUGCUUCACAAGCUAAACAUUGCGAAACGCGUUGGAUUUACUCUCCCGAUUUCUCUGUUUUCACCAAAACUGUGUAAAUAAAAACUAGAAAGUUAAGCUCAUUGUGGAUUAAGCUUUAUAUAUUUUGACUAUGUUGUGAUGGUGUUUCGAGCGUUUAGAGGGAUGCAGGGGAAACACUUCGCCCUUCUUACCGCAUCCUGCGCUAUCUUCGUUUUGUUUGCCGUUGUUCAUCUUGAGGGUGAGAUAUCACGUUUAGACGCUGCAAGAUCAAAAUUAGAAAAUGCCCUCGGACGUAUACAGCUUGAAAACACCGAGCAUGCUCGCCGACGGUUACCCUCCAGUUAUACAAAGGAGGAUUACCAAGAAACAACGGGCAGCCGAGGAAAAACGGAUGACCAAAUCAUCAUCUAUAAUCGUGUUCCAAAGACUGCCAGUACAUCAUUUGCCGGGAUUGCCUACGAUUUAUGUAAUGUGAACAAGUUCCAUGUCCUUCAUUUAAACGUGACCAAAAAUAUGCACAUCCUAUCUCUCUCUGACCAGAUGAGGUUUGUCCAUAACAUUUCUUCCUGGUCCGCCAUGAAGCCAGCCUUAUACCACGGCCAUUUAGCCUAUCUAGAGUUUACAAGAUUUGGGGUGACACAGAUGCCCCUGUACAUAAACAUUAUCCGGGAUCCAUUGGAUCGUCUUGUUUCCUAUUAUUACUUUGUGCGUAAUGGUGAUGACUUUAGACCACACGUCAAAAGAAGAAAAUCGGGGAAUCGUCAGUCAUUUGAUGAGUGCGUCGCCCGAGACGGUCCUGAUUGUGAUCCUGAAUCUCUAUGGAUGCAGAUUCCAUUCUUCUGCGGUCACAGUGCCGAGUGCUGGGUACCCGGUAAUCGAUGGGCCUUGGAACAAGCCAAGUAUAACUUGGUCAAUAACUAUCUAGUUGUCGGCGUCACUGAGGAGCUGGCUGACUUUGUAGCAGUGUUAGAAGUCACGUUACCGAGGUUUUUUAAGGGGGCUAUGGAACUUUUUAAUUCAGGCCGCAAGUCCCACCUGAGAAAAACAUUCAACAAAGUUUCUCCAAGUGAAGAGACAAUUGCCAAAAUCCAGGAGUCGGAUAUCUGGAAAAUGGAGAAUGAAUUCUAUGAAUUCGCAAAAGAACACUUCCAUUUUGUCAAACGACGAACAUUUGCUAUCAAAAAUGGGGUAUUAUUAGAAAAAGGACUUCAAUUCAUGUAUGAAAAAAUUCGCCCUAGGUGAAAGGAUUACUCAUAGGAAAUUAUCUCAGUUAUGCUUCCAGGAAAAGUUGUGGUGUUGGGUUGAUUUGUAGGAUCAUUUUGGAUUGAUGGAAAAAGAGGGAUUGUGAGUCGUUGCCCCACUACAGUGGCGAAACCUGGUGUUACUGCUGGUGUUGAAAAGCCUCUGUGGUUGUGUCUUGAACAGUUAAUGUGGGGAUGGGGUGGUCCUGCACUCCACGCUUCUGUCAUGAGUCUCUGUUAACCAAUGCCACCACUCAGAGGUAGAGUUAUUAUAUACUUUAAAGCAUCCCACAGACAGGCGAUUUUUAUAAAAGUGACCUGUGAUUAUUAUUGCAGUAAUAAGAUCAGCUUUCUGUUGGUAAAAUUGGUUGUCGCUUAGUUCGAUAUUCAUUCAGAUCGCAACAAUGAUGGAUUCUUGUUGCAGGUAUCUAUGGUUACUAUGUCAAGCAAGCAAUUUUCGUUGCAUAUGAUAAAAGUCAUCUGUCUGCUGGGUGCUUAACUGUGGGAAAGAAAGUGAGGCCUAUUGGUGAGACAGAAAUUGUUUACUCAAUGAUGUAAUGUGUAAAGGGUUACAGUGCACCUGUUAUAGCAAGCAAGAACCCAUCUGGACCCUCAAGGUUUUGUCAUUGCCAGCUGGGGAAAAUAUGAGGCUAUAAGUCUAAUGACUUGUUGCCGUAUUUUCUAUGACAUGGUUAUCCUAUGCCAGCUAUGUAAGACAUUAGGAAAGCAUCUUCAAUUUGAUACAGUUGUACAGUAUGGCUCACCUGUAGGUAAAAGUGGUCAUUGCUUGGUUUCAUAUGGAUUACAGGAUCCUCGUUGCAGACGCUUGCAGUGACCACCGGCACCGAGAGUCAUCUGGUGCGGGAAGUUUAAUAGAAAAACGGAGAGGAUUUACAGCAUGAUGUAGCCAUCAAAGAGUACUAGCAUCUUCCAUGAGGAACUUAUUAGUUUGUGAUUUUCUUAAGUUUUGUUUUUUGUUUUCUUCCAAGUUGAGAAAAGCUGCAAAUUGAUAAAUAUCAAUGUCGUAAUGACUUUCAUCAAGGUUGAAAAAUUUGGGUGUGGUUGAGGAUUAAAUGUGGGAUUCUCUAAUACGUUUCAGGAGGUUGUAUCUGUUGGGCGCUAUGAAAAUAAUCAUCUGGUAUUGUGAGCUAAAUGUCUGUACGAUGUACAUGUCUGUUUUAUACCUAAUUGACAGUGGACCACUGAGCUUUAGUACAAUCAUCCAGUGUAAAUAUACAGAUAUGUACUGUCAAUUUAGGGUGAGAUGGAUGUGUGGUAAUGAUAUUUUCAGACUCUGCCAAGUGUCCUGCCCGUGUUUUGAUUUUUAACUUGUGAAUCGCUGUUAAAAUGCUCAGUUUAGAUAGCAGCCAAGUGAAAAUAAAGUUGAUAUACAUAGUACAUUUUCGAAUUUUACGCUCAGUGCAUUAUGCUACAGUGCAAAAUUCGAAAAAGCACCAGAUCAACUAGUUUAUAAUGCUCAGUUUGGAUGGAUUCUAAGUCAGUUUGUACCCUGGUUCUUGUUACGUUGGGGAAAAGAGGCAGUGCAUUGAAAUCAAGGUUAGGGUAUCGAUUAUAAGUAACCGACGAAUUCUGAGAUUAAAUAUUCAAUCUCUUAGUUGUAAUUUGGCGAUGUUGGAUCUAACAACUGAGCCGAGGUUGUAAUUUGGGCGUGUUGGAUGGUAACUAAAUGUAUUGACAUGUUGCUAGGCUUUGUAUAAUAUGCUUGUGAGUUAAAUAGACAGUGAGUGCUGAGCAUUAUUACUUGGCCAAAUUAUAUGAAUAAUUGUAUGAGUGUCUCUCUAUCAACUGGAGAAAGUUCUGUUUUUAGCACAAACUCUUCUUCUCGUUGAAUGAGUUUUGUAUAGCCAAUUUGUUAGAGGUAAGGGGAAGAGUGUGCAGGAAAGCCUUGGCUAGAUUAUCUUGAUAUUUUUGUUCUUCCAUUGUACAAAUUCAGCUUUUGCCCAUUAGGUUCCCUGACCAAGUGUCUUGAAAUUAUGAAAUGUAAUAUCAUACUAUACUAAUGCACCAUUCGCAUUGAACCAAAUCUGUGACCUGUAAUAUGUAUAUCUCUUGUUAGCCAGAGUGUACUGAUGAGGGUGAUCCAAAAAGGAAAUUGACAUAUAUCUGCUUGGUGAAUUAAAUGUGUGAUUGGGGUCCAAUACAGAAGAACAAUCCUCGCACUGUGCAGUUAUGUAGUGAUUAUAUAAGUGUUUGGUUCUUGCGAUUUGGAAAAUAUUACUUGUAUACCAUAUUGGUACAACAAAGAUUCAGCACAGAAUCACGACAUUUGAAAAUUUGUAUUGCAUAUUAACAUUCUUGAUAUUGGGCUGCCUGACGAACAAAUAGUUUAUAAUAUGUGUGUAGUCUAGUUUGCUUGAGGUUCAAUACCAUUGGCAGAUAGUGUAAGGUUGUAAGUUAUGACUAUACUUGUGAGUAAAAUCUCAAAUUAAGGCUAGAGUAGGUAGCACUAUGUAUUUUAAUAUAUAAUCUGUGUUAUUUAUGUACUUGGAGUAUUCCCAGCCCAUGUUUCAACGUGGAUUUUGUCUAUGAAGUCCUUGUCCAACACUGCCAAGCACUCACUACAAACAGGCACAAAGACCAUCUUGGCUAGUCUUUCGGUAAUUGGAUAUGUCACAUCUUUAAUACUUUUACGGACGAGCCACAUAGAUUUACGUUUAUGUGCAGUAAGAAUGCUCUUCCAGUUUGUUGUCCCUGCUCUAAUACUUAUGAAAGAGAUUUGUACUUUAGUGACUAUUUUGCUUUCAGGGGGUCAGGGGUGCCUGGCAAAGCAAUCAUUUUUGGGUUUUUUCAGCAAAAUAGGUAUAGGAUGGGGGAGUAACUAUCUUUGCUGUAUUGAUUCGACUGUUUAUGGUAAACACUUAAUUUUAUUUUAAUAGCAGUGACCUUCUCUAGCCUUAAUUCUGAUGGAAACUACUGUGUCAGCUCCUGAUAACUAAGUUCUCAUCUUUAUCAUGUAGACUCAUCUUCCUGAGUGUUGAAGAGAAGUUGGGGGAGGGGGCACUUUUUACAUUGUGUUCUUUCGGCGUCUUUCAGAAAGACAAAGCCAAAAUGUCCAUUUGAAAUGGAGAGCCCUUCACAAAAAUAUACAUUGAUCCAAUGAAUGUGUUCACGGCUUUUGUGAAAGAGCAAUUCACCGUACUUAUUUAAUGUUCCGCAUCGCAUCAAGCAUCUGUGUCUUCCUUCCUCGCAGCGCUGGAAUUUGGAAAGUAGCAGAAAAUGAUCCAUUUAUAGCUGGGUGAGCUUUGGCCGAUUGUGAUGUCUUCUAACUUAAGACAGUACUAAAAUGCUUCUCUAAAGAUGGCAGGAGUCGGUUCCACUUAAAUACCCAGAAGAUUUGUUGCCAUGUGUGUCCUUGACAGAUACUAGACUGACAGAGCCAAGAGAUGCUGAUGACCUCAAUGACCAGAUCUGAAGUCUGUGAAUUUUUACCUUUCAUAGAUCAAAAAGCAAGGCCAUGGCUGCCUCAAGUGUUGGCCACAUUUGACAAGUUAGUGACACUUUUGAUGGCUUAAUAUUUCUAGGUUUUGUAUCCGAUGGUUUUAUAAAGCAUAACGAUCAAUUGUAACUAAAUGUAAGCUGGUAUUCAUUCAAAGAGAAGUAUUUUUUUCAUUGGUGAUUUUUAUCAGCUGUGGCAGUAAAGCCCCAAACACUGUCAUAUGGUUCUAGCAUUAUGUAAACCUGGAAGGACGAUAUCAAUAAAGUUUUAUUUAUAAAAGGA